AUUGAAAAGACUGGCGACGGCUCAACCAGCUGAAAGCGUAGAUGCUGUGCAAUGCCCGGAGAGUGUGAGGUUUGGGGUUGUGAGGUAAUAGAGUCAGUGAUUGCCAACGGCUAAAAUCAAUUUUGUGUUAUUAAUCGGUGCCGAAUCCAUAUUAUCCAUUAUACCCUGCACAAGGGGACAGUCGCUGGACCGGCAGUGACCCCUAUGUAUCCGACACUGUAUGGACGUCGGCAUGCCAGAACACGGUCCGGACACUGAGCCGCCCGAGGGCGUCCCGUCGGGCCCGGCGCAGGAUCAGGUGGUCACCCCGCGGCCGCCGGCCGGCCACCGCUACGGCGAGCUCGUCAUACUCGGGUACAAUGGCAUCGUGGCUCAUGGCGACAAGGACCGUCGGCCGUCCAAGUUCCUGCUGCAUAAGCGGGUGGCCGCCAAUGGAGUCAAGCCGGCCCGCUACUACGAGGUCAAGCAGCCACAGAUGUCCCAGGCCGUGCGGGACCGGUGUCAGCACAGCGUCUCGUACACACUCUCCAGGCACAAGGCCAUCAUCGUCGAGUACGCGCCCGAUCCGGACACCGACCUGUUUCAGGUGGGCCGGUCGUCCGAGUCGCCGAUCGACUUUGUCGUGCUGGACACCAUCCCGGGCGUGAAGGCGGAGGACACGCGCGACAGCAAGGUGGUCCACAGCACCAUCAGCAGGUUCGCCUGCCGGCUGCUCGUCAACCGAGCCACCAUGCGCGCCAACGUAUACGCCGCCGGGUUCGACUCGUCGCGAAAUAUCUUCCUCGGGGAGAAGGCGACCAAGUGGGAGACGGACGGCAUCAUCGACGGCCUCACCACCAACGGCAUCCUGCUGAUGCACCCGCAGGGCGCGUUCUGCGGCGGCCGCGGCCGGCCCGGCGCCUGGAUGGAGGUCUCGGUCGGCGGCGGCAUGUACGGCCUGCGCGCCACCCGCUCCGCCGCGCAGAAGGGGCUCAAGAUGGAGGACCAGACGAGCGAGCUGCAGGACGGCACGCUGGUGGACCUGUGCGGCGCCACGCUGCUGUGGCGCUCGGCCGAGGGUCUCAGUCGGUCACCGACCAAACACGACCUGGAGCGGAUGGUGGAUCAGCUCAACGCCGGCCGACCGCAGUGUCCGGUGGGUCUGAACACGCUGGUGAUCCCGCGCAAGUCGGCGGCGCCCGCCACGGGUGACGGUGAUCCGUGGGUGUACCUCAACUGUGGCCACGUGCAGGGCCGCCACCAGUGGGGCCACGAGCACGGCACCGACUCACUCACCUGCCCAAUGUGCUUCAAGACGGGCUCCGUGGUGCGCCUCUGUAUGGGCAUGGAGCCGUGCUUCCAUGUGGACUGCGAGCGGCCGACCCACGCGUUCAGUCCGUGCGGCCACAUGGCCUCGGAGGCCACCGUGCGCUACUGGUCGGCCGUCAUGAUCCCGCACGGCACCAAUGGCUUUCACUCCAUGUGCCCGUUCUGCGCCACGCCGCUGAGCGCCGUCACGCCGCACGUGCGCCUCAUCUUCCAGGACAACCUGGACUGAGCGGCGGCCGGCGGCGGCCACCCACAGCAGGACUUCUUGCCAGCGCCAGCCGACCGAGAGGGGUGAGCGCGGCGAGCACCACAUGUGCCUGCGGCCGGCGCGCUGUGAGCGGGCCGCCGCGGCAGGACGGCCGGCGCGCGCGCCGCAGACUAUUUUUAGAUGACCAUUGGCGUGGUGCGAUCGCCCCGCGACUGGGGCGGUGUGUGAUGAGCGCUCCGCUCCGGCCGGAUCGGCCGAGAGCGGCAUGUGCGGCGCCCAGCGCCCUGCAGUUCGUGGCCAGUGGCCGGCGGCCGGAGAGAGACGGGUGAGGCGCCGGCCGGCCGGCCCAGCCACCCAGAGGCUGCGGCCUCUCCCCGGCCCACCCACCGUGCGACCGCGGUGCACGGUACCAGUGAGCACCUCAGACUGUGUGUGUGAGUGUGUGCUGUUCAUACGCUCCUAAGCUCGUGUGUAUGUGUGUGUAUUCGUGCGUGUGUGGCGGUGUGAGUCGCGCCCGGCUGGCGGGGCCUCAGCCGGCCGCUCGGAGCCGUCACCAGAACGGGGCGGACCGGGGACGGCGGCCGGGCCGCGCGACUCCCAGACAAUGAGCCGCGCUAAACGAGCGGCAUUUAUCUGUACAUGCUGAUGCGAAUAAACUGAAAACUGACUCAGCUCGGUUCAUGAA